CAUCUGUGAAAAUAUUGAGAAAAAAACAGAACAAAAAAAAAACAGGAGGACCAGUGAGUUUUUUUUGGCUUUCUCUGUCACGUGACAUCACGUUCAGUAGCUCCUCCAUUUCCACUCGCACGCUCAAAGUGUAAUUACAGUGCGAAGCAGAGGACAAAUAGCUAUUUUAUUAGAUGCGAGCUGACGAAACUCAACAGAUGUGCGUCCGGACGGGACUAAAAUACUGGAGGACUACAGAGUUCAGUAAAAUACAGUAGGUAAUUCAGCCUGUAAUUUUCUCAGAGGAUGUCUGAGAAAAACACAUACAUGGUCGUUCUGAAGGGGAAUAAAAUCACAGAGGACCCCUAUUAAAGAGAAAAUAACUCCAGGACCCCUUUUAGAAACUAAUCCCGUCCGAAAAGGGGCAGUUAAGAAAAUGCUAUGAAAUGGGCUGAACGUAAAAAAACAACCAACAGAGCAUUGCGAUUUGAUGGUGUUUGUUAGUGUAACCAUUGUCAAUUUUUAGACUAAAUGGACUUCACAGAGAUAUUUUACUCCAAAAUACGUUGGAGCAUUUCUAUUGAUUCAUUCAUAAUUAAUUUUAACCCUAUGUAUUAAGUACACCUGCCAGAUUUGCAUUAUGUCAAACAGUAAAAACAAUCCCAAAACAGGAGAUAUAUUUAAUUUGUUUGAUGCAAUACAUUUUAGAAGCAGAUAAGAACUAUAUGAGCAGAUUUGCUGUGUGCUGUCACUCUUGUGACACAAUUUUAUCUGAGAUAACAAAUAAAUCAUGUGCGGUUCUGGCAGGCAUUUGACCAGCAGAUGAAUUAUAGAUUUCCACUUAGGUGAAACUCAAUCUCUCCACUCCUCUCGCUCUCUCUCUCUCUCUCUCUCUCUCUUUGCUUUCAUUGACGACCCCAAAACAUUCACUCAUGCACACACUCACACACACACACACGCACACCUGACCUCCCGCAGAGUCCCAGCAUGCAGCAGGAGCUGUGGCUGUGGGCCCAGUCUCAGCUGCUUGCUUCGCUGAACGCAGUGUGUGCCAUGAGAGCGGCCGCCUCACACCCGCUGCCCACGCCCCCGUCCCAGCUCGAGCUGAAGCGUGCCCUGUCCGGCCCAGACGGGCCUGGCCAGACCCACAACGCACCAAACUCACCAAGACCAGGACACCUCAGGACCCGCACGGCCAACAACACGUUCAACAACAGCCCCGUGUUCCCACAGAACAGAGAAAAUGCUGAUAAGAACAGUGCUGGUGAAAGCCCCUGGAACCUGCACAACCCUGUGAAGGCCUCAAGGAGCCAUCAGGAACUCCACAGAGAGCUCCUACUAGCCCACAAGAAAGGGCUGGUAGUGUGCUGUAAGCCGGAGCUCCAGAUGGUUCUGGAGAGGCGGAAGAGGGAGCAGACACAGAAGGAGGAGGGAGAGAGGGACAGGAGCCCUCUGGAACAGGUCCUACUUAAAAGACAGCAGAAGCACGAGGAGGUGACGAAGGAGAAGGAGCAGGAAGAGAAGGUUCGUCAGGAGAUUCAGCUUCUGGAGUUCGUCAGAGUGAGACAGAACUUGAGAAAAGUUCAUACAGCUCUACACAAGAACAUCAGCUCCUGAAGCUCUUCCACGGGAGAAGCUGGCUGUGACUGCAUGAACAGAACACUGGAAACAUGCAGAAGCCUCUUCAACCUUUUCUACAGAACCUUCAGUCACACUGACUGAGGAGGGGGUCAUCGUUCUUUAAUGCUGUGGUCACCCUGCUGGAAACCUUAGUGGCUUUCACACUGUUUUCUGCCUCUGUGUUUUUAGUUAAUCAGAAUCAGUUUAGAACAUUCUACCCCUUCAUUACUUUGUGUUAGAAAUAAUAAAACAAGUUCAUAUAAAAGUGA